UGGACACCAGUCCGGCACUUUUCGGGGAGUAGGCGAAUACAAAAAAAGGGGGGAGGGGGCAGGCUGUUGGUUAGAUCCAUAGGAUAAGCUCAGAUAAGUGUAGAAAACAGACAGGAGAUGAUGGCCACGCUGCUAGAACCUGCAGAAAUGGAGAGUUUGGGCGCCCAGAGCAACAUUGCUGGAGCUUCUCCGACGUCCUCCAGCCCAUCGCAGCAUUUCAACGACAGCAAAUUCUACCUGCUGGUGGUGAUCGGGGAGAUCAUAUCAGAAGAGCACCUGAAAUGUGCCAUUGCGGACAUAGAGAAAGGGAUCCGAUCAUGGGACACCAACCUCAUUGACUGCAACCUGGACCAGGAGCUCAAGCUGUUUGUCUCCAGACACUCGGCUCGUUUUUCUGCUGAUGUCAAAGGGCAACGAAUUCUUCACCAUAAAAGUAACAUCUUGGAGACGGUUGUGCUCAUUAACCCUUCGGAUGAAGCCGUCAGCACUGAGGUUCGUUUAAUGGUCUCCGACACAGCCAGAAACAAGCUUCUGGUCCUCUCUGGGCAGUGCUCAGAAAAAACAGGGGAGCUGAUUCUUCAGUCGGGAUCUUUCUCCUUUUGCAAUUUUAUGGAGAUAUUCACUGAUCAGGAGAUUGGUGAAUUACUCAGCACUAUUCCUCCAACAAACAAAGCCAACCUUACACUCUCCUGUCCUGAACAAGGAGAUUGGAAAAACUCCAACUUGGACAAACACAAUCUACAGGACUUUAUUAACAUGAAACUAAACUCUACUCUCAUCCUUCCUGAAAUGGAGGGUCUCUCAGAAUUCACAGAGUAUUUAUCAGAAUCAGUCGAGAUCCCAUCUCCUUUUGACAUGUUGGAGCCUCCAACCUCUGGUGGAUUCCUCAAACUUUCUAAGCCAUGCUGUUAUAUUUUCCCUGGUGGUCGAGGUGACUCUGCUCUCUUUGCUGUAAAUGGCUUUAACAUGCUCAUAAACGGUGGCUCUGACAGGAAGUCAUGCUUUUGGAAGUUGGUUAGACAUCUAGAUCGGGUUGACUCUAUCCUCUUGACUCACAUUGGGGAAGACAAUUUACCAGGCAUCAACAGCAUGCUGCAGAGGAAGAUUGCAGAGCUUGAGGAGGAGCAAUCACAGGGUUCAACAGCUAACAGCGACUGGGUGAAGAACAUGAUUUCUCCAGACAUUGGUGUUGUGUUUGUAAAUUUCCCUGAUAACCUGGAAAACCCUGAACCUGAUUACAAAGUGCGCAGGAAUGUUGAGGAGGCAGCGUUAACCCAGAUGUUCCUAAACAAGCUAAAUUUAAGGAUUGAGACUUUACAAAAGCCUGUAGGAAACACUAUAGAACCAAUUACACUUUUUCAGAAAAUGGGUGUUGGAAGGCUUGAAAUGUAUGUGCUCAAUCCUUCGAAAAACAGCAAGGAGAUGCAGCACUUUAUGAAGCAGUGGACAGGAAGUGAGAAUGACACUACCUCCAUUCUGCUUCCAAAUGGAAAAGAGUCUGAAUUCCCUCUUUCGUACUUGACUUCCAUCUCUUCACUUAUUGUGUGGCACCCCGCAAAUCCCUCAGAUAAGAUUGUGCGGGUUCUCUUUCCUGGAAAUGCCACCCAGGACCACAUAUUUGAAGGCUUAGAGAAACUAAAGCAUUUAGAGUUCUUGAAACAGGCAGUUGUCACUCAAAAAACGUUGCCUUCUAGUACUCCAUCAACACCAACACUUAAGCAAGCAAAGAUGAAACACAGAACAGACAGUAAGGAGAGCCUAAAAUCUACCCCUAAGCCAUCACCAAGCAAAGUAGUCAGAAAGAUUUCAAAGGAAGAAACACCAGAAAAGGCAAAGGCAGAAUCAGAAUCAACUCCUGAGAAAAUUCAAAAGGCAGAGAAAAAAGAGAAAGUCCCCCAAAAAAAGGAAAAAGGAAAGGCACAGGCACAGGAGAAAGAACAGAAAGCAAACGCAGAUCAGACUGACCUAAAGGAAACGGUAGAAAAAAAGUCUGAUACAAAAUCCAAAGCCGAAAAGAUGAAAAAGGAGGCCAAAGCAUCAACAGAAAAGAAAAAAGAAUUUAAAAAAGAAGUUGCAAGGAAAGAAGAAAUUAAAAAGGAAGAAAAGGUAAAGAAGGAUGAGGCAAAGAAAGUUUUGAAAAAGGAUAUUAGAAGAGAUUCUCCAAUGAAGGAGAAAAAGGAGGAAAAAGAGCAAAAGAAAGAUUCAAAACGACUCUCUAAAGAUGUUAAAAAGACGUCAAAUGCUGCUGAGGAAAGGACUCUCAAACCAAAGCCACUGAAAAAGGAUGACUCUUCAAAGAAAGAUCUGGGAGCUCCAUCCAAGUUAAAGGAUAAAGCAAAGUCAAAAGUGACAAAAAAAGAAACAAAGUCAGAAAGCAAACCAGCAGUAGCUGCUGUCCCCGUUGUAGAAGAUCCAGAGGCAGAAAGAUCUCUGAUGUCCUCGCCAGAAGACCUCACAAAAGACUUUGAGGAGCUCAGAGCUGAAGAGUUGGUAGAGGAUGAUGCUACUGUAAAGGAAAAUGAGAACAAAGUUUCUCCUGUGGCUCUGCAUGAACAAAUGAUGCAAACCAAAGAGUCACCGGAAGGAUUAGAGUCUGUAGAUGAGGGCAUCGCAACUACAGAGGUAGAAGGAGAUAGUGGAGGCACUCCAGAAGAACAAGCCCUGAAAGGCAAACUUAUUGGCAGCACAGGUGAGAGGUUUGAGGAUGAGGGUACUGUCACAGAAGAGACUUCUGAGGGAGGGGACUAUGAAGAGAAGGGAGAGACAGAGGAGGUAUACGAACCACAGGAAGAAGAAUCAGAUCAGAGUAACCUUACUGUCUUUCCACAUCAAGAUCAAGCCGAACAUGAUAAACUGGAACAAAAAGCUCAAAAUGAGGAUAAUGAUGAUACCACAAAUAAAAAUGUAAUAGAGGAGCAUAUAAUACCUGAAACAAUAGAGAAGCAAAAAUCCAGUGAAUCAACUUCACCCAAAGUGUCCUCCCCAAUUUCUCCUGCUGCAUCGAACCAGGAUGAAAUGCCUCCUAUUGGCUUUGAGAGCUUCACAGCUUCAGAUGAGGAAAACCGAGACGAACCACCAGAGGAGUAUACUGUCACAUCUGGUUAUACACAGUCUACUAUUGAAAUAUCGAGUUUACCUACUCCCAUGGAUGAGAUGUUGACUCCAAGAGACAUUCUUAGUGAUGAGACCAACAAUGACGAGGCAGGAUUUAUAUCACAGGAUGCCGACAGGUUUGCAAAAUCAACAUCAGGGGAGUUUAAUAAAAACAACAUUUCUCCACUGCAAGAUAUGCCAGAGAUGCAUCUUUCUCAGAGUGAUAUCACAGAAGGGCUAGCCUACAACCACUCUGCUUCAACAGUAUCUCCCCCUUCACCUCUGAAAGAGGAUCAUUUCUAUGAGGAGGUUCCCUCCAUUGGACAGGCUGGAGGAUUUGCACCCGCUCAAGAGUUAGGAAAAUGCCAUGACUCAGCUAAAGUUAGCUCAGACCCCACAACAUCUCCUCUAGUUUGUUCUCCCUCAACAGAGUUGUUAAAUAAAGUUGAAUACUCGUCAAAGAUGUCUCCUCCAAUAGAACUAUCAUCCACCCUAGCAAGUUACACCCAAGGAGCUGCUGAUUCUUACAAGAGCCCUGAUGAUAAACCUUUGGAAGGGGCUAGUUCUCCUCAGUCAUCUGGUCACACACCUUAUUACCAGUCACCAGUUGAUGAGAAGGUAGAAGCUCUACCCACCAUGUCAGAGGGUCCAGUAAUUGUAGAGGUUACAAGUGAUAAAGAAGACUCCUACAAUAGAGUUACACCGGAGCCUAAUGCCCCACUAGUAGAACAGCCUUCAUUGGUCCAGAGGGGAGAUUUCUGUCCAAAAAGCCCAUCAAUACCUGAACCUGAAUCUCCACAUGAGUCAUCACCAAUCGAUUCAGAUAAUAAGAAAAUUCAAGGAGACAGCAAUUCAGUCCUGUCCUCAGAACCGCUGACCAAACAUGAAGCCGAUGUCAAUCCUCUCACAACUUUUAAAGAGGAGAGUAAAAUGUCUAUUUCAGAGGGCACCACAUCAGACAAGUCUGAAACCCCUCUAGAAGAAGUAGUUGCAGAAGAUACAUUUUCACACUUGGCCUCCGCCUCCACAGCUUCGCUGGCCACCAGUUCAUUGCCAGAGCCAACUACUGGUUCUCCUUCUCUGCAUGCCGAGGUGGGAUCACCUCACUCAACAGAGGUUGAUGAUUCUUUUUCUGUUUCAGUUGUUCAGACUCCAACCACCUUUCACGAGGCAGAGGGAUCACCAACUAAAGAGGAUAGUCCAAGGCCUAUGUCUAUAUCCCCAGAAAUCUCACCCAAGACCAAACUCAAGGAGCAGACACAGGACACAAGAUCUCCAGAGCAUUCCACUAUGUCUAUAGAAUUUGGCCAGGAGUCACCUGAUCACUCCUUAGCCCUGGAUUUCAACAAGCAAUCUCCAGAGCACCAGUCACUGGGCAGCAGUUCUCAUGCUACAGAAAAUGGACCAACUGAGGUAGACUACAGCCCCUCAGAUGGAACAGAGAUUAAAGUAUCUACAGACUCAAAAUGUGCUCAAAACUCAUUACUUUUAGAAGAAGGUGAUUCAGCUCGUGCCACUUCUGCAACCCCUUCAGAUGCAUCUCAGUCCUCUGUUACAACUCCAUGUCAAAUGACCGAGAACCCACAAGCUGUUGUGGAACAAACAGAUAAGUCUCCAACCAGCCCUAGGGCCUCAUCUGUCACCCUGUCUCCUCAUUCCAGCGAACCCUCUCCAGUGUUAGGUGCUUCUUCAGCUAAAUAUGUCACCAGUCCUCUUGCUGAAGCCAAAUCAGAUUCUGAGCAGAAAUGUAACAAGUCACCAUCACCUCCAAAUGCACCUUCCCCAUCAAUAUCUUUUGAUAUUUCAAAAGGGGAUAGUUUAUCACUGAAAACAGAAACUAAUCCAUUCAAAUGUGAGGAUGAUUCCACAAUUGAAAAGAAAUCUUCAACAAGCCAAGAAGAUCCUUCAUUAUCAGAAUUACCUCUCUCAUCUGAUCCGUACAACUUCAAUUCUCCUUGUGGCUCUGGUGAGCCAGACUCAUUAAAAAAUACCUUCCACCCUCCAUCUAAGACAGAUGUUGACCUUUGCCUUGUAAAAUCUUGUGAGUAUCGUCACCCCAAGACUGAAUUGUCUCCAUCAUUCAUCAAUCCAAACCCACUGGAAUACUUUAUUAAUGAAGAAAGUGCCUUGGGAGAGGAAAAGCCUCUGGUCAAGUCAGGGGGUGGACCUCCACCUCCAGGAGGUAAGCUCUCUGCCAAGCAAUGUGAGGAUACCCCACCCACUUCCAUCAGUGAAUCUGCCCCCUCGCAGACAGACUCAGAUGUGCCACCAGGGACAGAAGAGUGUCCCUCCAUCACAGCAGAUGCGAACAUUGACUCUGAAGAUGACUCGGAAACUUUGCCAAGUGACAGAACUCUGACGUACAGGCUUGCCGAUCCUCCUCCUCUGGCACUCAGGGACUCUGCUCCUACUUCAGGUAACCAUGAUGUUUGUAUGGUGGACCCAGAGGCACUAAAGGCUGAAGAAAACCUCCAUAAUGCUAAUACAGAUGGAGUAGAUAAACCCAAAAAGAAAAAGCUCUCAAAAAAGACAUCAUCACCAGCAAGGAAGAGUGGUCUGUCAAAGGUUAAGGACUCAAAGACUGCUUCUCCAAAGAAGGGCGUUGGAGAAGGAAAAGAUGUUAAAAAUGCAACCAAUACAUCUGCAUCCAAAGGUGUAAAAAGCUCUACAUUGGGUACCGGAAGUGGGAAAGUACCCUCUCUGUCCAGCUGUCCUCCUAUGUAUAUGGAUUUGGUUUACAUCCCCAAUCACUGCAGUGCCAAAAAUGUGGAUACGGAGUUCUUUAAGCGUGUUCGGUCCUCUUACUAUGUGGUCAGUGGCAACAAUCAGACUGCUCAGGAACCCAGUAGGGUUGUCCUUGAUGCUUUGCUUGAAGGCAAAGCCCAGUGGGGAAACAGCAUGCAGGUCACUUUAAUUCCAACCCAUGACACCGACGUGAUGAGGGAAUGGUACCAGGAGACCCACGACAAGCAACAGGAGCUGAACAUCAUGGUUUUGGCCAGCAGCAGCACAGUGGUCAUGCAGGACGAAUCCUUCCCAGCUUGCAAGAUUGAGCUGUAGCCUUGUUCUAAUUAAACACCAGGAGGGAAAGUUUUCUGGAGAAGUAAAUGUAGCACCAAGAGUAAACUGACACAAAAAUACUGAAUGAAAUUAAGAUAGGAGAUGAGAGUUAACCAAUGUUACCAAAAGAUAGUGAUUAUGGCCUUCAUGUCUCUGCUUGACCCUGAAAAAAGGGUCAAAGAGAGAUCGGAGGGUAAGAAACCAAAUAAACCAGCUGCACACCCCUGAAUGUUCAACCAUGUCAGUUUCAGUUACUAUAGUGAUGCUGCUUUUUUUCCCACUAAGUUUCCUGGUCAGCCUUUAUUGUUAUUUUCAUUACUGUUGAGAUGAAGCGCCUUUGUGCUGCGUUAUGGAAUAACAGCUGUUAUUUACAUCAAAUAGGUUAAAAAACAUACUUUCUGCAACUGCCUUAGAGUGUUAAAGGAAUGUUGAAGGCUUGGGUUAAUAAAUACCACAUAUUUACUAAACAAAAACAGUUCUGGUGAGAAAUUAUGAUAAUAAACUGGGAUGCUACAACCAUUCAUAUUAUGACUGCUGCUACUAAAAUAAUUUUUUCUUCAAAUUUUAAGUUAGUUAAGAUGUAUAAUUUAUUGAACAAUUUUUUGUUUAUUUCAUAAUGAAGUCUAGUGUUAAGAUCUGAGUUAUUUAAUUUUUUCCAUCCUUCAGCAGGUUUCAAAAACCUCUCUAGUUUAUAUAAGAUAAUGUAAUGGACAUAUGUCUGUAUGACAUUUUGGAGGACUGCCUUUCAUUUUGGAAACUCUGUUUUAUUUACAGAAUUAAUUUUAUUAAAAAGGGAACCUGAUCUUAUUUCUAGAACUGUUUUUAUGUAAUCAGUAAGCUACGGCCUUUUCCCAUUGUAAAGCUGGUGAAGCAGGAUAUUUUCAUAAUCCUAAAAUGUCUUGUUUUCUAAAUUGUAAUAUAAUUAUAAAUAGCUUUGCUGCCAAUGGAGUGGUUGGGAGACAUGCAUGAGUUAUGAUGUACUGAAGCUUUUUCUUACCUUUUUUUUGUUUUGUUUUUUUUUUUGCUCAGGCUUGCUUUUAACAAUCACAAUGAAUUACUGCAAGAAAACAAAAGCCUGAUUUUUUAUUUUUUUUUAUAAGCACUCAAUCAGUGAUUUGUGCACGUUUUGCAAUGACAUAUGUACUCUACACAAACUCCAGCGAACGCCAGUGGCAUUUUAGUCACAGAAAACAUGAUUAAGGGCACAACAUGUUUUACAUUUAAAGGCUCAUCGUAAAAAAAUAAAUGGGUAAGAAUGACA